AUACAUUUUUGUGCAAAGCAUCGAUUAAGCGAUACAAUACGAAAUAUGAAUGGUGGUACACGGCUUGCCCUACGUGCGCAAAACAAAUGCAUCAAGAUCCAACAAGUGGUCAACUUAUUUGCCAAAAGCAUCCAAAUCAGAUUCCCACUCCAUGGUACAAAGUGUUCUUAGUUCUUGAAGAUGAGACAGACGAGAUCAGUGCUCUUAUUAUUGGCAGAUCAGGUGAAAAAGUUUUUGGCGUACCCUGUAAAGAUUUGGUUUUCAAUCAGAGAUCAGUGGAUCAAAAACAGUUGCCAAUCUCUUCUACAACAGUUUCAUCUUCAAGCACACCUAUUGACAUAAUUGCUGAUUCACCUGUUGACAUAAUUGCUGAUUCACAUAAAAGAAAAAGAGAAUCAAUUAGAAGAGCCCUUUUUAUACCAUCUAAAACAAGUGAAGCAGAAGAAAUAUGUGAAACAGAUGCACAAGAUCAGGACCAGGUUCCAAUCAAAUUGUUCAAAAGAAAAUCGUCACCAACCAGCUCAAAGACAGACUUUGCUCCAUACAAAAAAAACUAGUGACUGCUUCAACCAAAAAGCAAAAAACUUUUGCUCAUGUCUUAAAGAAUGUUGGCAUCUAUAAUCCAAAAUAAACAAGUAUCAGUUGACAAUUUUUUGUGUGUAAAUAGUAGAUCGUCACAUCAAUUCCCCAUACUUUUUGUGUAUAUAAACAAUGUGCUCUUUUACAAUAUUUUUUGUUCAAGUAGUCAUGCCAGUGAAGCAGUAACUGUCAAAGGGGAAUGCGAGGUAAAUCAUUUUUUGUAUGCUGGUGA